AUGCCCGCCGCCGUCAGCGUCUAUGGACUCGGCGAGAAACGGACGGGAAUUGCCAAAGGCAAGGUAAAGCUUACCUUUCGAGCGCACAACGGUAAGUCGUCCAACUCCGUCGCCGCCUUGAUCUUGCCGAAACUCACGCUCUUCUCCGAAGGAUGCCGCCGAAGUCUGCAAUCCUGGACACAACUAAAGGACCUGGAGCUCGCCGAUCCAGAGUUCAGUUCCGCGGAUCCAAUAGACCUUCUGCUGGGUACCGACGUCUACGGAGUAAUUAUCCGCCAGGGCCUGAAAAAGGGAAGUCCUCAGGAACCGGUGGCACAACAGACCUCUCUAGGAUGGAUACUGUCAGGCACCAUCAAUGAGAAUGCACGUGGCCAACGUAUUUCCUCCCACCAUUGCCAGGUGGAGGAAGACCUCACCUGUUUGGUGCGUCGCUUCUGGGAGCAAAAAGAAGUUCGCCGGCCGUCUCAGCUCUUCUCUAAGGCCGAACUAAAGUGCAAAGAGCACUAUUGCCUGCACUAUUCACGCACUGCCGACGGCUGGUACAUUGUGCGUCUGCCCACGAUUAAGCCUCUGCCGGACCUAGCAGGAACAGUUCGCUCCGCCCGCCAUGCUCUGCAACACACGGAGAAGAAAUUUGAGAGAGACAACGAAUUUCGAACCAUGUACGCGGAAUUCAUGCGACAAUACUUGGACCUGCGCCACAUAAUGCCUGCUCCUUCGUCGACGGAAUCGCAUCCGGAUGCUUGCUACCUGCCGCACCACGGGGUCUUGCGUCCGGACAGCACAUCCACAAAACUGAGGGUCGUCUUCAACGGCUCGAGCUCCUUGCCAAACGGAGACUCCCUCAACAAAUAUCUCGCAACGGGACUGAAUUUGCUUCCUUCACUGGCCGACAUCCUGCUGCGUUGGCGACGUCAUCGCUACGUCUUCGCGACCGACAUCGAGAAGAUAUAUAGGCAGAUCCUGGUGCACCCUGACGACCAAAGCCUGCAAAGGAUAUUGUGGAGACAGAACGCUAACGACGAAAUCAAGGAGUACUGGCUGGAUACUGUUACUUACGGUCUAUCCUGUGCUCCUUAUCUGGCAAUCCGCACUUUACGCCAACUGGCCGAGGACGAAGGACAUUGUUACCCGAAAGGAGCCAUCAUUCUGCUGAGCGACGUCUACAUGGACGACAUCCUGACCGGUGCGGAGACCAUGAAGGAAGCCGAAGUCAUGCUACAACAGCUGAUUGAUAUCUGCAAGGCGGGCGGCUUCUCGCUUAAGAAGUGGUCGGCAAACCACUCGCUACUGCUGAACCAAGUGGGACCCGACGACCGCCUUCAACGAAAGGCCAGAUGGUGGCUGCCCGGCGAGAAUCACUCCACUCUCGGGUUACGCUGGCAACCCCGGGACGAUCGCUUCGCCUUCGUCACCAAACGGAUCAAUCUAUCGACCAUCACCAAAAGAGCGAGCUGCCUGCUCUGGAAAACUUGCUCGUACCUCGAUGGCUGGGAGGCUUGGCUGACUCACAGCGGGAGAUCCACGUUCGCCGAUGCCUCAGAGCGUGCCUACUCAGCUGUGCUAUACCUGAAGACCAAAACAAAGGAUAUUACUAAGGUGGCUUUCUUAGCUGCGAAAACCAAGGUCGCGUCCUUGAAGCAAGUCUCCUUACCUCGGUUGGAGCUGUCUGCCGCCACUCUUCUGGCUCGUCUAGCCGCCCACAUCGUACCGAUCAUCGGAGCAGACAAAGCACCUCUUCAUAUGUGGUCUGAUUCCACCGUCACGCUCGGCUGGAUCCGUGGGCAUCCCUCGACGUGGGCCAUUUAUGUGGCUAACCGGGUCAGCAAAAUACAAACACUGAUCCUGGACCCACUGGCAUCACGUACCAGGUCGGAAAAACCCAGCGGACUGUGUUUCCCGGGGGCUCUAUCCUAG